GACAUCACUUCCCUGGACUGGGUCGGAAUAUCAUCCGAGUUCAAUUUCUGUGUCCCUGCUGACAUCGACAAAUUUGCGCCAUGCACGCUGCCAUCUCUAUCUGAAGAUCGGAUACAGACGUUCGCUGCGAAAUGCCGCAGUCGUGCAGUUGGCUUGUUGGGCUAAAGGACCGCAGAAUCCUACAGAGACUCCAUGUGCGCAUCGUUUUUCAUGAUGUUGGAGUCGCUAUCAAGGAUGUGAUCUUUCUGGCCAACAAACUGAGUUGCUUGUCUGGCGGACUGAAGGCCCUAUCUUAUUUGCAUAAAGCAGGUUGGAUCCAUUCCGAUUUCAGCCUCGGGAACGUGAAAUGGGCCGUCGGUGACAACGGGGGUAUUAGCUAACUGGUCGACUUCGAGUACGCGAAAGAGAUGGAUUCAAACACUUCUCAUGAUGUUCGAACGGGAACAAUGCAUCUCAUGGCGAUAGAAGUAGAAUAUUAUUAUUAUUAUU